UAGAGAUGUUCUCUACCAGUAUAGCCCUAUAGGCCUAGGCCCUUUUCAUCUUUAACCACCAGCUGCUCUGCUGCACUCAGGCCUCAAACACAGCGGUCUCCCUCGUAUGGCCAGGGUAUCAUGGGUGGUGUCCAUGCUGUUACUGCUGAUGCUCUGCUCUCCAGGGGGGUCUUCGGUCCCCCUCAAGCAUCUGUGUGGUUCCCACCUGGUGGACGCCCUCUACUUUGUGUGUGGAGAAAGGGGCUUUUUCUACAAUCCGAGCCGGACCCACAAGCGGGAUGUGGAACAUCUGCUCGGGUUCCUGUCUAAAAGGGCCAGACAGGACCAGCGACUGUGGAGGGCUUUGUCGGGCCGCGACGAGCCCAAAGUGAAGAGAGGGAUCGUGGAGCAGUGCUGCCACAAGCCGUGCAGCAUUUACCACCUGGAGGGCUACUGCGACUGACUCGCCACUUCACAACGAGCACCACUCAUAGCCUGUAAAAAGGUCCCGAAGUCAAUUUCUGGCCUGAUACUUGCUGGCUAUGUCUUAUCAACUGAAGGAA